AUGGAUUUCCCUUCUUCUUCAUCGCUAUUACGCUCAAGCUUCAUGUUGAAGCCUCAUCCAGAAUUAAUGACCAUUAAUUUUAGCGGCAACUCUCACUGGAGUAAAAGGAAGACGAGAGGGCAUUGUUUGCUUCGAGUCUCUGCAAUCUCUUACCAGGACUUCAUUGACUUUUCUCUCAAUGAAACCAAACGAUAUACACCUUUGCUCCCUUCUCCCCUCCAGGAAAAAUAUAGUUCUAUGAUCGCAUUGGAUGGACAAACAAGGCUUGAGAUGUUAUCAUUUGAGACUCCCAGAAUCAGAGUACUUCGAAGUAUGAGCAUUAUGGGUGAAGCUAUGCAGGUAUUAGAUUUUGCUGCCUUUCCAAAACCAGAAUUUGAUCUACCCAUAUUCUGUGGGAACUUCUUCACUGCUGCUAAUACGAACAUAGUUGUGUUGGAUCUGAAUCCAUUGCAUGAUGUCAUUAGUCGAAGAGACUAUAAGGAAAAGUACUACGACCACUUAAUGCCUCUAGGUCUCAAGUAUACCGAGCUUUUACCUUGGGGAGGAAAGCUUACGAGUGAAUCUAUAAAGUUUUUCUCACCGAUAGUGAUAUGGACCAAGUUCUCUUCAAGCAAAUCUAAACAUGAAAUUCUGUAUUCUGCAUUUGUGGAAUACUACAAGGCAUGGCUGGAGCUAAUGGAGCAAGCUGUGGAUGAAACUGAUCCAUCUCGAAUUAUGAGCAAUCUUGAAGCACAACAUAGAUAUCUAACAUGGAGAGCUGAAAAGGAUCCUGGCCAUGGGCUUCUGAAAAGGUUGAUUGGCGAGAAGCUUGCCAAGGAUCUGUUGAGAAACUUCCUUUUUAGUGGGAUUGAUGAACUAGGAAGCAAAACAUUCCUGGAUUACUUCCCUGAGUACUGGAGUGAUGAUGGGACUAUAAGCGAGAAACGAAGCAUCAUUGGAAAGGGUUUUGAAAACCGGCCCUGGGAUAAAAACGGAGAGAUUGUUGGUAAUGACUGAGAAAUUAACUCAUCUUGUGGUUUCUUGUCAACAACUGGUUUUCCUGUUUCUCUACCAUCUUUCUGUUUCUCAAUAUGCUUAUGUAAACUUCACAGUCUGAGGAGUGUAUGUUACGGUUGGAUCUUUA